AUGGCCACCAAAAUAACCUACUUCCGCAUAACCCUUAUGCGCUCCGCGAUCGGUCUCCCCCUCCGCCAGAACAUGGUCCUCCACGCCCUCGGCCUCAAAAAGCGAAUGGCAACAGUCUUCUACCCAGUCUCGCGAGACGUGGCUGGUCAAAUCAUGAAAGUCAAAGAAUUGGUGGAUGUGCAAGAAGUCGAUAGGCCGCUUACGAAGCGGCAAGUACAUCUGCAACGGAAGCCGGAUCCAGGGUAUUAUGUUGAGAGGAGGGCGGAGGAGGAUUUUCAAGAGAGGACGCUUUCUUAG